AUGAAGACCACUCUUGUUCUCGGCCUCUUCACUAGCAGCAUCCUCGCCGCCACCGUAGGCGAGGGCGUCAAGCCCGCUACCAAAGACUCCUCUGCCCUGUCGAGCGUGCCCCAGAAUCCCAUCAACAUCGCCGCCUCUGGGAGCCCGGAUGCUUGGUGCGGAGGGUUCACUGCCUACCAGUGCUCUGUUUUAUGCGGCAACUAUGGCUAUAGCUGCUACUACUGCAGCUCCAGCUACUGCAACUGCCUCAACUCUGGUUGCUAA